AUGUCUUCUAGCGGCGAAACGAAAGGGCUCGUGUUAGAAAACACAGCCCGCAGAGAUGCUUUGAUUGCAAUCGAGAAAAAAUACCAAAAACUGUGGGCUGAGGAGCACUUAUUUGAGAUUGAUGCGCCCUCGCUCGAGGAAGAAAACGCCAGCAUCGACUCCGAAGAACUACAUGAGAAAUAUCCGAAAUUUAUGUCUUCAAUGGCUUAUCCUUACAUGAAUGGUGUUCUGCAUGCUGGACAUUGUUUCACGUUGUCGAAAGUUGAAUUUUCCGUUGGUUUUGAGAGAAUGAAUGGUAAAAGAGCGCUUUUUCCUCUAGCUUUCCACUGUACCGGUAUGCCAAUUUUGGCUUGUGCGGACAAGUUAAAGAGAGAGGUGGAACUUUUUGGCGCUGAUUUCGCUAAGGCACCUGUGGACGAGGAUGAAGAACCACAGGACGAAGUCAAGCAAGAAUCGGAAGAUGUCACAAAAUUCAAAGCCAAGAAAUCCAAGGCUGCUGCGAAAAAAGGGCGUGGUAAGUUCCAAUUCGAAAUUAUGUUGCAGUUGGGCAUCGCUAGAGAGGAAAUCGUCAAGUUCGCCGAUCCUUACUAUUGGUUGACUUACUUCCCACCUCUGUGCGAGGAAGAUUGUACCUCUUUUGGAGCCCGUAUUGACUGGAGACGUUCUUUUAUUACCACCGAUAUGAAUCCUUACUAUGAUUCCUUCAUCAGGUGGCAAAUGGAAAAACUGAAGAGCGCUGGUAAAAUCAAGUUUGGCGAGCGUUAUACCAUCUACUCGGAAAAAGAUGGCCAACCUUGCAUGGACCACGACAGACAGUCGGGAGAAGGUGUCACCCCACAAGAAUACGUUGGUAUCAAAAUAGAAGCUACGGAGCUUGCUCCCGCCGCCAAGGAAAUAGUUGAUUCGUGCGAAGCCUUGGACAAGAACAAAAAACUAUUUUUUGUGGCUGCUACUCUCAGACCAGAAACCAUGUAUGGUCAAACUUGUUGUUUCGUUUCACCUAAGAUUGAUUACGGUAUCUUUGACGCUGGUGACUGUUAUUACAUCACGACCGAGAGAGCUUUCAAAAACAUGUGCUAUCAGAAGUUGACUCCAAAGAGAGGCGUUUACACGCCAAUUGCAACUGUCAACGGGAGAGCCCUCAUUGGUAGUAAGAUUCAUGCCCCCCUUACUCCCUACAAGGAUUUGAGGAUUCUUCCUAUGGAGACUGUCAUUGCUACUAAAGGCACCGGUGUGGUCACAUGUGUUCCUUCGAAUUCUCCAGAUGAUUUCAUUACUCUCAACGAUUUGAGAAACAAGCCUGAGUAUUAUGGUAUUAACCCUGAAUGGGUCAAAUAUGACCCCGUCCCAAUCAUUAGAACCGAAAAGUAUGGUGAUUUGAUCGCACAGGCGAUUUGCGAGGAAAAGAAAAUCAGAUCUCCAAAAGAGGCUGUUCUGCUAGCCGAUGCCAAGAAGGCUGCCUACAAGGAAGAUUAUUACAGUGGUACAAUGAUUUACGGUAAAUACAAGGGCGAGAAAGUUGAAGUUGCUAAGGCCAAAGUGAAGAAGGACCUAGUUGAAGCCGGAGAAGCUUUUGUCUACAACGAGCCUGAAGGGCUCGUUAUGUCUCGUUCUGGGGAUGAAUGUAUCGUUUCUCUUGAAGAUCAAUGGUACGUGGAUUACGGUGAAGAAUCCUGGAAGGAACAAGCUCUCGAGUGUUUGAACCAAAUGGAGGUUUUUGCUCCUGAAGUUAGAAAUGCAUUCGAGGGUACUUUAGACUGGUUGAAGAACUGGGCUGUGUGUCGUACCUACGGUUUGGGAACCAGACUUCCAUGGGACGAGAAGUAUUUGGUGGAAUCUCUAUCUGACUCGACUAUUUAUCAAGCAUUUUACACCAUUGCUCACCUCUUGUUUAAGGACUACUACGGUAACGAGAUCGGGCCUUUGGGCAUUAAGCCUGAACAAAUGACACCUCAGGUAUUUGAUUACAUUUUUCAGCACGCGGAUAAAAUCGACUCUGACAUUCCUUUGAAAUCUUUGCAAAGGCUGAGAAGAGAGUUUGAGUACUUUUACCCAUUGGACGUUUCCAUUUCAGGCAAGGAUUUGAUUCCAAAUCACUUGACCUUUUUCAUUUAUACACACGUCGCAUUGUUUCCAAAGAAGUUCUGGCCUAAAGGUGUGAGAGCGAACGGCCAUUUGAUGCUAAACAAUGCCAAAAUGUCGAAAUCGACAGGUAAUUUUAUGACACUCAAGCAAAUGGUUGAGAAGUUUGGUGCUGAUGCUUGUCGUAUUGCGCUUGCUGAUGCGGGUGAUUCCGUGGAGGAUGCCAAUAUGGACGAAGCUAAUGCCAACGCAGCCAUUUUGAGAUUGUUCAUUCUGAAGGAAUGGUUCGAAGAGGUUCUGAAGUCCAUUGACAAUUUCCGUACCGGUGAGAUCAAGGACUUCUUCGACGUGUCUUUUGACAACGAAAUGAACUCUUUGAUCGAGGAAACCUACAAGCAGUAUAGUUUAACGAACUACAAGAGCGCCCUUAAGUAUGGCCUGUUUGAUUUUCAAACAGCCAGAGAUUACUACCGUGAGACAACUCAAGUUAUGCACAAAGAUUUGGUUCUUCGCUAUAUUGAAUUCCAGGUCUUGGCCCUGACUCCAAUCGCUCCUCACUUUGCUGACUACGUGUGGCGGGAAGUUUUGAAGAAGACAUCCUCAAUUCAGCUUGCCAAGUUUCCUCGCGCCAGUAAGCCAGUCGACAGAAGCGCUUUGGCCGCCCUUGAGUACUUGAGAGAUCUACAAAAGAGUAUUCGUGAAGCUGAGGGUCAGGCGUUGAAGAAAAAGAAGGGUAAGGGAGCCGAUGUAGAUGCUUCUAAGCCUGCCAAGCUAACAAUUUUAAUUUCCGAAUCCUACCCUGACUGGCAGUCUAAGUACAUCGAGUUGGUGCGGGAACUUUUCGAGCAGCAGACGUUGGCUGACAACAGAAAGAUCAAAGAGUUUGUCGAACCAAAAGAUAUGAAGCGUGCCAUGCCCUUCAUUUCUAUGUUGAAACAGCGUCUAGCGACUGAACCAGCAGAUGUGGUCUUCAACAGAGAGCUUGUGUUUGACGAAGUCGCUACUGUGAAAGCAACUACCGAGACUUUGAAGAAGUGUUGCCAGAUAGUGAAAUGUGAGGAGUUUCAAUUUUUGUCCUUCCCUCAUGGCUCUAAGGUCGGGAAGGAUAUCCAUACCGGAGAAGAGGUCGAGUUGGUUGCUCCAGCAAAAGUCAUAGAGAACGCUGUCCCUGGCUCACCUAGUAUAGUUAUUUCCAACCUUUGA